AUUCGUGUCUUUUGAAAAGUGCUACACCAAACAAUAUGUUGAAGCUUUAUCUGAUCGCGUUACUUUUCGGAAUCAGCCAGGCAGCCAAAAUUGAUGCCAGCAGAACAGCGGAAGUGGACAUGGAAGUGAGAACAGACCUAGCGGUCUUAGUAAACACCAGCAUGGCCGACGUAAGCGACCGGGUGACAGCGCUGGUCAACCAGUGUAACAACUCAGUCAAUGCUGCCAUCACCUACUGCGGGAAUAACUGUCAGGGCAGCGGAGGAGGAGGAGACGCAGCGACCCAAGCCAUGGAAGCCAUAUUACAAAAGUUGGCUCCAGGUUUUAAUAAGAUAGAAGGAGGCAUCAAUAAAGCGAAAACUGGAAUCGUAACAGAAUUUAAUAAAUUUAAAGAUACGGUUAAAAAAAUCACCUCUGAAAGCACCUGGAAGAACAUUGGAUCAACUGUUCUCGAUAAGCUGAAGGAAGGCACAUCCAAAGCUUUAUCUGGUCUGAAAACAGUUACAGGUGAAAUUGGAUCUAAAGCAAAGGAAUGGAGCAACACAGUUGGAAAUUGGUUUAAGGACACCUUCAAGAUCAGAAGACGUAAGAGGGCCGCGGCUCUGUCAUGUGACCUCUGUACCACCAUGUCCACUGGUUCUUCUGAGGACGUACUCAACGCCGUAUGUGGUACCGACGUCAGCAUGGAGAUCGCCGUCCUGACCCAGUCUCUGGAGAGGAUGCUGACUCUGAUGACCUCUAUAUCGAUUGAUCCUCUUGUCACAGAGAUUAAUACAGACGAAACGAAGGUCACGUACGGUGCUGGCCCCACCGGAGAGUUCCAGGUAAUGACCCCGAUUAAAUCGGUCCUCUACACGGUGAACGGGACCACUACCACAGUCGCGGGCACUGAUAAAACUGUCAACAUCAUGAAGACCAGUGACAUCGCUGACGAAGUACUCACACUCGUCAAUGAUGACUACUUCGCUGUUUAAUUUGGAUGACGUCACAGAUAGAUAAGCCGUCAUAUUUUGAGCUAGAUAUGACGUCAUGCUAUUUUCUGUAGUUUUCUGUAAUUGAUGUCGACAAGUCGCUGUUGUUUGUUUAUAUUUGCAGCAUGACUUUGUUUUAACUUAUGUUUGAAUAAAUAAUUUGUCAUUAAAA